AGACCGUGGCGCGUAGUCUGAAGUGAACGGCUUGCUGAAACACACGUUCGCCGUUGCAGUGUACGUAUUUCGCGCGAUCUCAGUUUUUGAUUCCGAAGUAUAUCUUUGUAACCGUCGAGUUUUCCGUUUUUUUUUUUUUUUAAUAAUUUAUCAACCGAAUAGUUUCGUUCUCAUCGACACGAGUCUUUCUGACUAGGUAUUAUUUUUCUUUUAACGUUUACCUAUGAGCGCAGUAGUGUCUGACUAAAACGAAUCGAGAAAUUUAACACCAUAUUAAUUAUUAUCGCAUACUUAUUGAUAUACGCUCAAAAAUAUAAUUAUUAUACAUAUUAAACAUAACACAAGUACACCGUGCUCGCGUUUUGGACAGAUGCAUCAAUAGACGCCAAAUCGAUUUUGAAUAAUUUCAUUAAGAUUUAUUUUAAAAAUGGAUCCACUUGACGAUGUUGAAUAUGGUGAACCUCAUCAUCACCUGCUUAAAAGACCACCUGUAGAUAUCGAGUUUUCAGACCUGACUUACAGUGUACCACAAGGACGAAAUGGAUCAAAAAUUAUUCUUCGAAGUGUAAGCGGUUUGUUUAGAUCUGGAGAACUAACAGCGAUACUCGGACCAUCUGGUGCUGGAAAAAGUACAUUGAUAAAUGUAUUAGCUGGCUAUAGAUGUGGUGAUGCCCGAGGUUCCAUCAUGGUAAAUAGUCGACCAAGAGAAAUGAAAUCAUUUCGAAAAAUGUGUCGUUACAUAAUGCAAGAAGACCUUUUGCAACCAGCACUUACAGUAUUAGAAUCGAUGGAAAUAGCAUCUGAUUUAAAGCUUGGUUAUACAAUUUCUAAAGAAAACAAACUUGACUCUAUCGAAAAUAUUCUUCAAAUGCUUCGCCUAACUAAAUCGAAACACACACUUAUGGAGAAUUUAUCCGGUGGAGAAAGAAAACGAUUGUCCAUCGCUUUAGAGCUUGUUAACAAUCCCCCUGUAAUAUUUUUGGAUGAACCUACAACUGGUUUAGACGACUUAUCCAGUUCUCAAUGUGUGUCACUACUUAAAGAUCUUGCUUAUGGCGGUAGAACAAUUAUAUGUUCCAUACAUACACCCAGCGCAAAAUUAUUUGCUAUGUUUGAUCAUGUAUAUAUAGUGGCCGAAGGACAAUGUAUGUUUGCUGGAGUUGGCCAGGAUAUGGUUCCAUAUCUAUCUACUAUAGGACUCAAUUGCCCUAAACAUUACAACCCAGCGGACUUCAUGAUCGAAGUUUGUAGUAGAGAGUAUGGCGAUUAUUCGGAAAAAAUGUCAACGGCCGUAGACAACGGUAAAUGUUUGAGAUGGUUUAAAGAUAAUUCUGAAACAAGAAAACCAAUUAAACGCCGGGCAUCACAAUACGAUACGGUUUCCAAUCAUCUGUACGAUUUUUCUAGUACAGGAUGGUCUCAGUUUAAUGUGCUCCUCAGGCGAAUGAUGAUACAGCAUAAAAGAGACUACACAUAUUUAUUAUUCAAACUAUUUAUGUACACAUUCAUCGGUCUAGUAGUUGGUGGUAUGUUUUUUCAAUUUGGAAAUGACGCUUCUAUGACUAUUUUCAAUUAUGGUUUCAUAUUUAUUACCAUAAUCGUUUUUAUGUAUACACCACUUAUGCCAGUAUUGUUAAAAUUUCCUAAAGAAGUUCAGCUAUUAAAACGGGAAUACUUCAACCGAUGGUACGGACUAAACGCUUAUUUUUGUGCACUCACAUGUUCACAACUCCCAAUGCAGAUUAUCCUAUCGUCAAUCUACAUAGCAAUAACUUACUUCUUAACUAAUCAACCAUUAGAAUGGGAAAGAGGAAUUAAAUUUUCUGUUGUGUGUUUGAUGGUGUCCUUGUCAUCAGAGAGUAUGGCGUACGCAAUUUCCUCACAAUUCAAUGUUACGAAUAGCGUGUUCUUCGGACCGUGCGUGGCGUGUCCGAUGAUGCUGCUGGCGUCGUUCGGGCUGGGCUACGAAGAGGACGAGAUACCUCGCAUCAUCCGGUUGGGCAUGAACUUCAGUUACCUGCGACACGGCGUCGAGGCACUGGUCAUGGCGGUGUACGGCAACGGCCGCGGCCGGCUGGAGUGUCCGAAGAGCGAGGACUACUGCGACCUUCGCGACCCGUCGGCACUGUUCAAGACCGUCGGCAUGUCCGAAGUGACGUACUGGGGAUCGAUGAGCGCCCUGUGUGGCAUGUUCGUCGCGUUCAAGGUGGCGUCGUACAUAAUGCUCCGGCGGAGACUCAGCACCAAGCCGUCGCUGCUGCUCAAGCUCGGUUUCGUCGGCCGCUUCAUCAAGGCCAACUUUAACAUUCCUCGCUAACCGCCGCCGCCGUCUCUCUUUCCCCACGUCUCAAUCUCUAUUUGAACAUAAUAUAUUAUAAUGUGUGUACAUAAUACAAUACCAAACAGCAUUUGUGAUAUAAACUUAUACUUUACGAUAACUUUAUAUGUAUAUUUAUA